AUGGCUGGGCCACAUAGAACGCCAAUUUACCCGCACGAAGAAUGCAUUGCACGCUUUGUCUGGGCAGCUCAUAUCCUCUUUUAUCUCACAAGCAACCGAAACCACGAGGAGCUACACGAAGCCGAGAACAAUGUUGAAUGCGACAGCAAUACAGACGACUCGAGCGAUUGUGAAACAGAUUAUGAGACAGAGAAGAAUGUGGUUCUGUCAGGUCCUCGAAAUUCCGUUCGCCAGAAAUUCCUGGACUGUAUUGCGCAGCUGCUAUCGCCGUGCAAGGGAUGGGAUGGGGUUACUGCAACAGCGAUACGUGAAGAAGGAGACGGAGCUGUGGUUGAUAUUGCAAGGAACGAUGGCUUUCUGUCUGAUGAAGAUUGCUUUGACAGCGACAUUAUGGGUUACUGCAAGAUGUUAGAAGAAUAUCUGGAUAGUAGUGCUAGAGCUGGGACAGCGACGAACACAACUGCAACUCCUUUAACAGAAUUCGAGCUCAAGGUGAUAGACUAUACGUCCCGUCGGAUCGAUCAUUGGAUUGAAGAUCUCCGGCAAACCCUACCAAAUGACCAAAAUUGCCCUGACUGGAACUCUCAACGAUGGCUCGGGCAGGAUGCUGCAGUUCAGGCUUGGACAACCAUGACGGAUCUUAUAUUACAAUUUGACGCUGAUGAAGAAGCCGCUAAAUUUAGACCCCUAAUAGUCCAACAAGCUUAUAGAUGCUUUAAACUAGCACAGGUCCGACACUUGUUGUCGGACGCCUUUGGGACGCAGACUGGCCCGAAGCUCUGGAGCAAGUUGAACUAUAUCGCUAGGCCGCUGGUCGACUGCCGAAUAUUAGGAUCAAUAGCUGCCCAGGAGCCACAGUUGCGAGAUUGCAAGAUCUCACUGGUUCCGUCUAGACCCAAGACAGCACUUGAAGCCAAAUACGUGGUUGGAAUAUUCAAGGCGUGGGAGCGACUAGGGCUGGGCUCCGUUCCCUAA